AUUGACGAGAUGCCUGAGGCUGCGGUGAAAUCGACAGCCAACAAAUACCAAGUCUUUUUCUUCGGGACCCACGAGACUGGCCGAGGGGGGGGGGCCUGGGGGGGGCCCGGCCCGGCCGCUGCGCGGGUGCCACAGCCUCUGCUGUCUCCGCCACAGUCCUCCCAGAAAAAGAGCUGCGUGGAGGAGCCCGAGCCGGAGCCCGAGGCCGCAGAGGGCGACGGUGACAAGAAGGGGCUCGCCGCUGAGGGCAGCAGCGACGAGGAGGGGAAGCUGGUCAUCGACGAGCCCACCAAGGAGAAGAACGAGAAGGGGGCGCUGAAGAGGAGAGCAGGCGACCUGCUGGAGGACUCCCCGAAACGCCCCAAAGAGUCAGAAGACCCGGAAGAGGAGGAGAAGGAGGUGGCCGUGGUGGAGGGUGAGCGGCCCCUCCCCGCGGAGGGGGAGAAGAACAGCACCCCCUCCGAGUCCAGCUCCGGCCGGGCGCCGCUUCCCGAGGAGGCAGAGGGGGAAGAGGACGAAGAGGCUGCGAAGGAGGAUGCUGAGGCCCCCGGUGUCAGAGACCACGAGAGCCUGUAGCCACCAAUGUUUCAAGAGGAGCCCCCGCCCCGAUCCUGCUGCUGUCUGGGUGCUACUGGGGGAACUGGCCACGGCCUGCAAACUGGGAACCCCUUCCCCACCCCGAGCUGCUCUCCUCCACUCACUCCCCCCAAGCCCAGCCCCUGGAGAUUGACCUGGGUGGGGCAGGCCGCCUGGCCCUCCCCUCCAUGUCCCCACGCCCCUGUGAUUUGAGUCAGGGCUGAGUCUUCGCCGUGGGAUGAGGCCAUCACGUCCCUCCCCACCUGGGUUUUUCUCGGCCCGGAGCAGCCGCUCCCGCUGUUGACACCUCUCUGCCCCUUCCCCAGGCUUUCUGGAUCUCGGGUGGGGUUGGUUGGGAUCGGGGCUAGGAGGAAGGGGUGGAGAAUCAGCAGCAGCAGGGUGGGCUCCGGGGCCCGCGAGGGUCAGCCCUCAAAUUCGGGUGGGGGGUGGGAGGGCGGGAUCUUCCUGAGAUCCUGUCCCUUCCUCCGGGACCCGUUAUCCCUGCUGCCUGGAUUCAGGGAAAAUGGGACAGCUUGUGGGGGAGGGGACUCCCUUUCAUAAGUCCUUGUGAUUGACAGCACUCAUUCUUCCUUUUGCUAACUCCAGGACUUCUGGGAGUUGUAGUUACUCAUCAGAAGAUUUGGGGGCUUCCCAGAUGCUUGGGCCAAGGAGCUGAGCUCUGAAGGGGGGGGCCCCACCCAGCCUGGGUGGGGUGUCGAGGAGGAGCUAUCCCCCUUUAGGUCUCUGGCCAGAGACAGAUGGCCUGGGGAGACCCCUAGCUGCCCCUUUCCCUCUCCCCACAGUGCUCAAGGCCAGCCUACAGUCACCUAUGUCACCCAGACAUAAAGGAGAAGACACAUUUUUUAGGAAAUGUUUUUAAUAAAAGAAAAUUUAAAAAAAAUUUAAAGACCCCCUAUCCCUUUGUGUGCCCCCCACUCUGCUCCCUUCUUCCCCACUAUUGCCCCAAUUUCUGAGGUGCACUGGGAGGCUCCCCAUCUGUUUGGGGCUUGAUGACUUUUCCUUUUCUAGCUGGGGCUUUGGUGUUCCUUCCGGUGUCAUUUUUCAUCCAACUGGUCCCCUCAUUGUAGUCACCAGAUCCAAUUUGUAAGCCACUGAGAAGACAGGGAAAUGGGUGGCCUCUCCCACCUCUUUCUAGUGGUCUCUAUGCCUCUUCAUCUCUUGUCUUUCGCCCUUGCCCCUUUCCCUUGGGCUCUGAUGAAAAAUUGCUGACUGUAGCUUUGGAAGUUUAGCUCUGAGAACCGUAGACUAUUUCAGUUCUAGGAAAAUAAACCCGUUGAUUACUA